CAGAGGACGCCAUGGAAAGGCUGAGCUGGAGCAGGCACCCUGUGAUGAUAGUGGCUCUGCUGGCUGUGCUCCUGGCCCCACCUGUGGUGCAGACUGCUAGGAUCAAGAGGGCAGAUCCCAUCACGUGUCAUGUAUGUGAGAUGGAGAACUCCUUUAACUGCACAAAGCCAGAAACUUGUACCACAAAGGAACCAUAUUGUGUCAUCGCUGCGGCAAGAGUAUUUCAGCGGUUCUUCCUGGUUUCAAAGCAGUGCGCCAGUUCCUGUCCCACAGAGGCGUAUUUACCGACUCUUGCACCUCAACCAGAUGUCCCUCCCCCGCCUAAGGCCUUUGUGCUUGUGAGGCCCAUGCCCUUCAUGUACACAAUGUGCUCCCGGGCCCUGCACUGCCAUGUGUGCUGCGGGCACGAGAACUGCGAGUCUCUAGUGGAGUGCGCCUUGACGGACAAGUACUGUGUGAUCACUCGGGCCACUAACACUGGUGGCAUCCUGGUCAUGAAGUCCUGUGCUCCGACCUGCCCCAACAGCACUGUGUCCGCAGAUGGCCGCACCCUCUCCGUCUCCUGCUGCCAGGGCAGUCAGUGCAACCCCAGCGCUGCCUCAGGCCUGACCAGCAGCCUUGGGGCCCUAUGGGCCAGUGUCUCCGUCAGCCUGCUGUGGGCACUGCUCCGGGCCACCUGGUGA